GAAAAUUCCUCCGCGGAAAACGGGUUCCGGCCGCGAGCCUAUAAAAAACGGGUGGCGCGGUACCGCUGUCUUUCCAGUCGGGCGCUGAGUGGUUCUUCGGAUCAUGUCUGGUGGCUCCGCGGAUUAUAACAGAGAACAUGGAGGCCCAGAGGGAAUGGACCCCGAUGGUGUCAUCGAGAGCAACUGGAAUGAGAUUGUUGAUAACUUUGACGAUAUGAAUUUAAAGGAGUCUCUUCUUCGGGGCAUCUAUGCUUAUGGUUUUGAGAAGCCUUCAGCUAUUCAACAGAGAGCUAUUAUUCCUUGUAUUAAAGGGUAUGAUGUGAUUGCUCAAGCUCAGUCAGGUACUGGCAAGACAGCCACAUUUGCUAUUUCCAUCCUGCAACAGUUGGAGAUUGAGUUCAAGGAGACCCAAGCACUAGUAUUGGCCCCCACCAGAGAACUGGCUCAACAGAUCCAAAAGGUAAUUUUGGCCCUUGGCGACUAUAUGGGAGCAACUUGUCAUGCCUGCAUUGGUGGAACCAAUGUUCGGAACGAAAUGCAAAAACUGCAGGCUGAAGCACCACACAUUGUUGUUGGUACACCAGGGAGAGUAUUUGAUAUGUUAAACAGAAGAUACCUUUCUCCAAAAUGGAUCAAAAUGUUUGUUUUGGAUGAAGCAGAUGAAAUGUUGAGCCGAGGGUUUAAGGAUCAAAUCUAUGAGAUUUUCCAAAAAUUAAAUACAAGUAUUCAGGUUGUGUUGCUUUCUGCCACAAUGCCAACUGAUGUAUUGGAAGUGACCAAAAAAUUUAUGAGAGAUCCAAUUCGAAUUCUGGUGAAAAAGGAAGAAUUGACCCUUGAAGGAAUCAAACAGUUCUACAUUAAUGUUGAAAGAGAGGAAUGGAAGUUGGAUACUCUUUGUGACUUGUACGAGACACUGACGAUUACUCAGGCUGUUAUUUUUCUCAAUACAAGGCGCAAGGUGGACUGGCUCACUGAGAAAAUGCAUGCCAGGGACUUCACAGUUUCUGCUCUGCAUGGUGACAUGGACCAGAAGGAAAGAGAUGUUAUCAUGAGGGAAUUCAGAUCAGGAUCAAGCCGUGUUUUGAUCACUACUGACUUGUUGGCUCGUGGGAUUGAUGUGCAACAAGUGUCAUUGGUUAUAAACUAUGAUCUACCUACCAAUCGUGAAAACUAUAUUCACAGAAUUGGCAGAGGGGGUCGAUUUGGGAGGAAAGGUGUGGCUAUAAACUUUGUUACUGAAGAAGACAAGAGGAUUCUUCGUGACAUUGAGACUUUCUACAAUACUACAGUGGAGGAAAUGCCAAUGAAUGUGGCUGACCUUAUUUAAUUCCUGGGAUGAGAUAGUUUUGAAUGCAGUGCUCGCUGUUGCUGAAUAGGCGAUCACAACGUGCAUUGUGCUUCUUUCUUUGGGAAUAUUUGAAUCUUGUCUCAAUGCUCAUAACGGAUCAGAAAUACAGAUUUUGAUAGCAAAGCGACGUUAGUCGUGAGCUCUUGUGAGGAGAGGCAUUGGCUUUAUCCUCUUUAGAGUUAGACUGUUGGGGUUGGGUAUAAAAGAUGGGGUCUGUAAAAUCUUUCUUUCUUAGAAAUUUAUUUCCUAGUUCUGUAGAAAUGGUUGUAUUAGAUGUUCUCUAUCAUUUAAUAAUAUACUUGUGGACUAAAAGAUAUAAGUGCUGUAUAAAAUCAGCCAAUUAUGUUAAACUAGCAUAUCUGCCUUUAUUGUGUUUUGUCAUUAGCCUGAAUAGGAAGGCCUUUAAAAUUGAUUUUUUUUUUAGAAAGCAUUUGAAUGCAUUUUGUUUGGUAUUGUAUUUAUUCAAUAAAGUAUUUAAUUAGUGCUUAA